AUGGCGCCCUUGUCUCUCUUUCUUUGCUUUCUGACCUUCUCUCUCUGCACUGGUUAUGCUUCUGCAGUACCUCUUGAUGUUGACCUCCCAAAUGGGCACUUUGAGGAUGGACCAAAGCCUUCAAAUUUGAAGAAAACAGUGAUUAUUGGCAAGUACUCACUCCCAAAGUGGGAGAUCAGCGGCUUGGUGGAGUACAUCAAAGGUGGACCCCAACCAGGUGGUUUCUUCUUCAACGUGCCACGUGGGGUCCAUGCAGUGAGGCUUGGCAACGAGGCUUCCAUUUCUCAGAACGUGAAUGUUAUCCCAGGUUCAGUCUACUCGCUCACUUUUGGGGCUACUAGGACUUGUGCCCAGGAUGAGGUUUUAACAAUCUCAGUUCCUGGUCAGUCUGCUGACCUCCCCCUUCAAACUCUGUACAGCAGCAAUGGUGGUGACACUUAUGCUUGGGCGUUCAAGGCCACGUCCAAAGUCGUUAAGGUCACAUUUCACAACCCUGGGAUUCAGGAGGACCCCACUUGUGGGCCUUUAUUGGAUGCCGUUGCAAUCAAGGAGAUGCUUCCUCUUAAGUAUAUAAGGGGUAAUCUAGUGAAAAAUGGUGGGUUUGAAAUAGGCCCUCAUGUGUUUAAAGAAUUCUCAACCGGAAUCCUCCUCCCUGCCAAGGUAAUGGACAAGUACUCACCACUGCCUGGAUGGAUCAUUGAAUCUCUGAAGCCUGUGAAAUACAUAGACAGGAAACAUUUCUCAGUUCCUAAGGGACUUGCAGCCAUUGAAUUGGUUGCAGGGAGAGAAAGUGCAAUUGCUCAAACUAUUAGAACCGUCCCAAACAAAUUCUACAACCUUAUCUUCACCGUUGGAGACGCAAAGAACGGUUGCCACGGAUCGAUGAUGGUCGAAGCCUUUGCAGGCAAGGAAACCCUAAAAGUUCCUUUUGUGUCUGAAGGAAAAGGUGGCUUCAAAACUGCAAUUCUCAAGUUCCAAGCAACUUCAAUGAGAACAAGAUUAACAUUUUACAGUGCCUACUAUCACACAAAGCUUCAUGACUAUGGUCAUUUGUGUGGCCCUGUCUUGGACAAUGUCAUUGUUUUUCCAGUCACUAGCUAGUCUUUAAUUAAUAACUAGCUUUUCUGUAUGCUCUUUUUUAUUGUUAAGAAGAUCUUGAAAGACGAGUGUGUGUUUUGUUUAAUUAUGU